AGGGCAGUGCUCCCGCCGCUCGCACCAUCAUCAAGGUUUAAUAAUCCCGAUUUGAUAAACCCUAAUCAACUGGCGGACGAUCGAGUUUUGAAACGAGCAAUUCUGAUCCAGGCUUUCUUCGUAUUGUUUUUUCUCAAAGACUAUUUUUCUUCCAUCUUGACGAUCCUCCGCAUUCUCCUCUCAAAGGUAUGGAAUUGGUAAUCGCAACAGUUACCGGUUACCACGGUGUAGAACGGUGCAAGCUUAUCAAACUGAUAUCUCAUUCUGGCGCUAGCUAUGUAGGUAAAAUGAGCCGGUCUAUCACGCACUUGGUGUGUUGGAAAUUCGAAGGGAAGAAGUACGAGCUUGCUAAGACAUUCGGAAUUGCCAUAGUCAAUCAUCGUUGGAUCGAGGAAUGCAUUAGACAAGGGAGACGAGUUCCUGAGAGGGGCUAUGUUUUAAAGAGUGGGCAAGAUGUGGGUCUGUUGACUUUGGAAGCACCACCUGUUGCUGUUAAGACAAGGCCAUCUCAUAAAAAAUCAGCCUUUAGUACAAAUUUUACAGAGAGAGCGAUUUCUAUUGGGACUGACAUGCUAUUAUCUAACGAGAAUGUAGUUCCUGAUCAACAAAUGAACAAACAUAAUUCAAAUAGAUCAAAGAAUGAAGCAAUUAAGAAAGUUUCUUGUCUGGAACCUGGUUCUAGCAGCAGAAAUUGCAACAAGCUACCUCAAAAAUAUAUUGUCAGGGGGGAGAAUAAAGAACAAAGUUCCUCUGUCCAUGCACUUCGAAAAAAAAAGACAAGGAAUGACCGCACAUCACCUGCACGUUCUCAUAAAAAGCGUAGACUGGUUAAAAAACAUGAUGUAGAAUAUAUAUCUUCAGAUUCUGAGGAAGACAUCUAUGUUAUGAAUCAUUGGGUUGGUCAUGGUACAAGUGAUCCUACUAAUUCAGAUGAUGUGAGAGUUGAGAAUGUGUCAAGAAGGAAUGGAGAUUGUGAGAAACCAUCUGAUUGUGUGGCAAAUAGAGGAGAAGGUUUAGAUCAAAUUAAAGAGGAUGAAUGUGUCAAUCUGACUCUACACGAUGCAGAUGUUCUGAAGGUUGAAGAAAGGACCAAACAAAGUAUGUGUGCAGAAGUUAACAAUAGAUUGUCUGAAACUCAGCACAAUUCCAGAUCGUCAACAAAAGAUUUGUCCUGUAUCAUAUGUUGGACUGAGUCAUGCUCAUCUAGGGGAGUUUUGCCAUGUGGACAUCGUUUCUGUUUUUCAUGCAUCCAGCAAUGGUCUGAUAUGUCGGUUUCAAAGAGAAAGAUAUCAACAUGCCCUCUUUGUAAGGCCAGCUUUUCCAGCAUUACUAAGUUAGAUGGCGCUGCCUCUUAUGAUCAGAAAAUGUAUUCACAAACCAUUCCUUAUGUAUCUUCAUCAACAAAUAUUACUGUUCUUCCAGUUGCUGAUAUGCUCGACCCUAGAUCCCUGCCCCCUCCGGUGACAGUAUGUUCUGAAUGUUGCUGUCGAGAGCCUGAAGAUAUGCUUGUCAAAUGUCACAUUUGCAAUAUCAGAAGCAUCCAUUGCUACUGCUUGGACCCUCCUCUGUUCCCAUGGACAUGCCCUCAUUGCAAAGAACUCCAACUGGUCUAUUAUCAAAUGCGUUAGUGCGUUUCAAUUAAGAGUAUGUGUUUGUAUCUGAGGCACUAAACUUUUGUUUUGGCUAACAUUAAUAAUAUUGGCCACAUAAAUUCAUGUUUAUCAUUAUGUUCAACUGAGCUAAAACACCAUAUAACUCUAGAGGCGUUUUGUCCUGUCAUGAAUAAGUCCCAUGUUGCAUGUUUGGAGUUUAGGCCAAGACCUCUUUUGUGUAUUAUUGGAUUCUAUACUACUUUUGUUACAAUUAAUAAUAUAUAUUUUCCCCUAUUA